AUGUUUAGGAACCGUUCGAAAACAGCACCGUCGACAGCAGCAUCAGACGACGACGUGGCGGCCAUAAAUCUGGAGAUCGCGGGCGACGAAGAUGAUAAGUACGACCGCGAAGACGGCGGCACGGCCGUAGACGUGGAACUGUUCAAGACGAUCGGCAUAUACCAACUGCUGUACCCGGCCGAGUGCGGCCUGAACGCCAGCCGGUGCCGGACGGCCGUGCUGGCGGUCAUGGGCUUGACGCUCGGGCUGCAGUCGAUGCAGGUGUGCAGGCUGUACCUGGCCCGUCACGACAUCCAGAUGUUCGCCAACAUGGGCAUGUUGCUCGUGUACGGAUUCAUGUGCCUGCUCAAGGGCUACACGACGACGGUGAACGCGGACCGCAUGGGCGUCACGCUGGACGCGGCCCGGUACGCGUUCACCGGUUGCGGUGGCAGCGACCCGUCCGUGAUGCGCCGGUGCCGGGCCACGCUGUCCGCCAUCCUCCGCACGUUCGUCGCGCUCAGCUUCGGCACGCUGUUCGUGUGGGUGCUCAUACCGUGGUUCAUGGCGUCCGAGUACGACGACAUGCCCACCGUCUGGGCAGUGGUGUACGUCGUCGAGUCCGUCAUAUUCACCGUCAACGUGUUCUUGUGGACGUCGUUCGACUGUUACCUGGUCACCAUGUGCUUCGUGUUCAACGCGCUGUUCCGCACCAUUAGCGCCGGUUAUGAGAAGCUCGGCCACAGGCAUCGCUUGCUGUACCCGCACGGCCACCAACCGCUCCAUCACAGUCGGUAUUCCGCAGACGUUAAAAGUGACUUAUUGAAUUUUCCGAACGAUUACAAUGAUUUGAUUAGCCACAUUAAGGACAAUCAAAAAAUAAUCGAAAAGUACGAAAUAUUUUUCAAAAUCGUUCGACCUGUGGUUCUUCUUCAAAUCGCUAAUGGCUCAUACUCGAUAAUCACAUUGAUUUUUCUCACCUCAAUAGCGUAUCUCAAUGGUGAUUCGAUCGUGUCCCCAACAAUUUUUAAAUUGGUCUGUGCACUGGCUUCACUCACUAUUGAACUGUACAUUUAUUGUUAUGGAUUCAACCACAUAGAAGAUGGGAGAUCAACGGUGAAUUUUGGAUUGUAUAGCUGCAAUUGGACAGACAAGGAUUUACAAUUUAAAAAGACUUUAUUGUUGGCCAUGGCCAUAAAUUCUGCUCAUAAACUUAAGAUGAAGGUGUCACCAAAUUCUAUAGUAAAUCUAGAAAUGUUCACCAGGGUGAUGAAUAUGUCGUACACAAUAGUGUCCACAUUACUUAGUUAA